AUGGAUCAAGAACAAGACGACUUGUUUCGUUGUGCCAUUUGCGGAGUGACCGAGACGGACGCCUCCAAUCUGUCCUCUCAGAAUGCCCUUCAGACGAAUGCCACGGUCCGAUGUGGACACAAGUUCUGCAAUUCCUGUAUCGAGCGUGAAUUGAGUCGAAAGAGGGAAUUCCCUUGUCCCAUUUGUCGCACACGAGUCAAACGCGUGACACUCUCGUAUCGUUCGUUGGACGAUGUCUUGUGCGAAAAAGACACGGAUUGGAGACGAAGGGUCAUGAAGGUAUUCAACAAGAGUCAAGCCGAUUUUCCAACGCUGCUCGAAUACAACAAUUAUCUAGAAGAAAAGGAAGACAUUGUCUUUUCCAUUGUCAAUGAAGAACCCAAUGCCGAAGAAGCCAAAGACAAAAUCAGAGCGUAUGAAGAAGAACACAAGGCACUCAUUGUGCUCCGACAAUCCCAACGCGCCGACGAAGAACGAUCCAUUCAAGAUCGGAUUGCCGCCGAACAACGAGAAAUGGAACGCAAAAAACGAGAAUUAAAAGAAGAAGAAAAACUCAUUGCCAUGACCAAACGCAAAUACAAACAAGAAGCAACCGAAGUACUCUUGGGAGAACGCGAAGAAGUCUCGGCCGAAUUGGUACAAGCCCAAAUGAUGGGAUAUCGCAAUGAACUCAAACGACAAUCGCAAGGCGCCAAGGCAACUCAGUUUGUCUCGCCCAAAGUACGAGAACCCAAGGGGGGAUUCUUGCCCAAAGAACCCAAACAGGAUCGAGAAUUUCAUCGCAAACGACAAGCCGCCGGUGGCGGCAUUCGCAGUGGCAGUAUUGCGCCGCAUGAAAAGAAUUGGAAUGAGACCGAGGCGUCUCUCUUUGCCACGUGUGUGCAAUAA